CCCUGUAUCAUCACUGCGGUUGCGAUUGAUACUACUUCGCUCACUUAUAUCCCUCUUUGCUAAACGGCGUCUUUGGGUCCUCACGAGUCGUUUUAGCGGCAUUGUGCUUUGGCGUUCGGUGGUUAUCAUGAUUUUCAUUCUGUUAAGAGCUGGCCGACCUAGGACUAGUCGCAUCUGCGUACGCAUCCAGCUCUGUCCGAUGGUUGUAUGCUGGGCUUCUUUUCCAUGUUGUCUUUCUUCACUCUGUUUGUUAUGCUGGCAUUUACAUGCGCAUUUGUUGCUCUGUCAUAUUUCUCCUGUAUACCUUUCUCAUUUCCCCUUUUUUGUUCGCUCUUUUCUCCCGCAGAACUUCUUCCAAGCGCUCCACUCAUUGCGCUUAUCAUAUUUUAUGAUAGAACACGCUGUCCGACGAAUCAUGGACCGUCUUCUUUCCAACGAAACGAGGGUGUGAUAUGUAUGAAGGUUCGAGGCGCAAGGAGGCGCUUCGCAUUUGAGAACGAUAUUUAUGUUGAGGGUAGCCCUCAUCUCGCAUUGGUUAUGAAUAUAGAGGCAUAAUAUUGAAUUCAGAUCUGUACAAUUUAUAGACCAUGUUGAUUGGUUAUGACUAAGCCACCUGGGCAUCACAUGUGCACCUCCAUCUUAUCAGUUGUGCUCUAUCAAGGCUCAAACUACUUCCUCUUCCC